GUUGGGUCGGGAGCUAGAGAGGGGGAUUUAGAGACGUGUUCACUACAGAGGCAUCACCAUGGCACCACUCGGACUAAAAGCCAUUGUGGGAGAAAAGAUUAUGAAUGACGUCAUCAAGAAGGUACACAAGAAGGGAGAAUGGAAGGUGCUGGUCGUAGACAAGCUGAGCAUGAGGAUGAUGUCAUCCUGCUGUAAGAUGACAGAUAUCAUGUCAGAGGGCAUCACCAUUGUUGAAGACAUCGGAAAGAAACGGGAGCCUCUCCCUAGCAUGGAGGCCAUCUACUUAAUAACUCCCAAUGAUGAGACUGUGGAGGCACUCAUAGAUGACUUCAGAGACCCUCGGUCGCCCAGAUACAGAGGAGCUCAUGUCUUCUUCACUGACACAAUCCCAGAUUCAUUGUUUAACUUGUUGACGAAAUCCCGCGCGUCCAAAGCCAUGAAGACCUUGACUGAGAUCCACAUUGCCUUUCUGCCCUAUGAGUCUCAGGUGUUUUCCCUGGACAAGACAGAUGCCUUCCAGGACUUCUACAGCCCCUACAAGGCUGACAUUAAGCACAACAUGUUGGAGCGCUGUGCUGAGCAGAUCGCCACUCUCUGCAAUACCCUGAAGGAAUACCCUGGCGUCAGAUACAGAGGGGAGUAUAAAGACUGUACCACUCUGGCUCAGCUCCUGCAGGACAAGCUGGAUGGCUACAAGGCAGACAACCCCACCAUGGGAGAGGGUCCGGACAAGUCUCGCUCCCAGCUCUUGAUUCUGGACCGAGGCUUUGACCCGGUCUCUCCCAUCCUCCAUGAGCUCACCCUCCAAGCCAUGGGCUAUGACCUGCUGGGCAUCGAGAACGACGUCUACAAGUAUGACACCAGCGGGAUGGGGGAGGUCAAGGAGAAGGCGGUGUUGCUGGAUGAGGACGAUGAUCUGUGGAUGAGUCUCAGACACAAGCACAUUGCAGAAGUCACCACGGCUGUGACCCGUUCUCUGAAAGAAUUCUCAUCCACCAAAAAGAUGAACACAGGAGAGAAGACCACAAUGAAAGACUUGGCUCAGAUGCUGAAGAAGAUGCCCCAGUAUCAGAAAGAGCUGAGCAAGUACUCCACCCACCUCCACCUGGCUGAGGACUGUAUGAACCGCUAUCAGGGCACUGUGGACAAGCUGUGUCGUGUGGAGCAGGACCUAGCGAUGGGUACGGACGCAGAGGGGGAGAAGAUCAAGGACCCCAUGAGGGCCAUCGUGCCCGUCCUGCUGGACAAAGACGUCACUGUCUUUGACAAGAUUCGCAUCAUCCUCCUCUAUAUCUUUAUGAAGAACGGUGUUUCGGAGGAGAACCUGUGUAAGCUCCUCCAGCAUGCUAACAUCCCUCCCGAGGACAGUGACAUCAUCUCCAACAUGGCCCAUAUGGGCAUGCCCAUCAUCUCAGAGGGGAAUCCGACCCGCAAGGUGAAGAAGACUGACCGGAAGGAGAGAGUGAGUGAGCAGACCUACCAGCUAUCCCGAUGGACCCCUCUUAUCAAGGACAUCAUGGAGGAUGCCAUUGAGGACAAACUGGAUCCAAAGCAGUACCCCUACAUCUCCCAACGAACUGCCUCCACCCACUCCAGCGCUCCAUCAAGUGCCCGGUACGGAAACUGGCACAAGAACAAGGGCCCCACAGAGAUGAAGACUGGUCCUCGGGUCAUCGUCUUCAUCAUCGGAGGCAUGACCUUUAGCGAGAUGCGCUGCGUCUACGAAGUCACACAGGCCAAUGGCAAAUGGGAGGCCAUCAUUGUCUCUCUCUGCAGGAUCAACCAAUAUCUUCACCCCUACAAGCCUUCUUUAAACUCUCAAAGACUUGGAUAAACAAGCAGAGGUUUAAGCAGAACCCCCUGGCUGUAGCAGUCCCUCUCUUAACUAGCUAUCUGUCUCUUAACUAGCUAUCUGUCUCUUAACUAGCUAUCUGUCCCUCUCUUAACUAGCUAUCUGUCCCUCUCUUAACUAGCUGUCUUUCACUUAACUAGCUGUCCUUCUCUUAACUAGCUGUCCUUCUCUUAACUAGCUGUCCCUCUCUUAAUUAUCUGUCCUUCUCUUAAUUAGCUGUCCUUCUCUUAACUAGCUGUCCCUCUCUUAACUAGCUGUCCCUCUCUUAACUAUAUGUCUUUCUCGUAACUAGCUGUCUUUCACUUAACUAGCUGUCCUUCUCUUAACUAGCUGUCCUUCUCUUAACUAGCUGUCCCUCUCUUAACUAGCUGUCCUUCUCUUAACUAGCUGUCCUUCUCUUAACUAGCUGUCCCUCUCUUAACUAGCUGUCCUUCUCUUAACUAACUCCCCUAACCUCCAAACUCCCUCAGCCGGCAUAUUCUACUCAGGACCGUCCAUACCAAACCCCUUCUACUCUACACAUAGAGCCAUUUUCUUUAUUGUCUUAUCUAUUUCAAAUAUAUCAAAGUCAUGUAUUCAGUUAGAAUUUCUUAAUAGCAUGAAAUAAGAUCAUUUAAAGCCAUACUACCAAAAAACACCAUGUUUUACCUACUGUACAUAAACCCUGAUGACUGUAUAGUAAUAAUAUAAUUUCAAUUUGUUUGUCAGAUUGAAGGGAAGAGUAGAGAUUGAGUCUGUGAUGGAUGACUGUUGAUACUAUAUGAGCAGUGGAUGUAAACUGCCGUCUCAGGAUGCCAUUGUUGCACUUUCUUAAAAAGGAAGCCAAUCAUAGUGUAAGAUUCCAGUCUUUCCAACAGACCUUUCAAUACAUUUCAUAAAAGUAUUCAUAUAACAUUUAUUUGAAAAAAACAACUAGCUGAAUAUUGGAAUGAACUUGGAAAUACACUUGGAAUGUAUUUGAACACUGAAAUAACUGACUCAAAUACAUUCCCAAGCAUUUAACCAAGGUAUUUGAAAAGCCAGGUCUGUUUUUAGUGGUUUAGCAUGUAGCUUUUAUCUCAUUGCUUGUAAACGUUUCAGGAACAAUGAGCAAAAAUACAAAUAUUUUUGAAACUCACAAUUGUAUAAUUUGGACAUCAUCUUCAUCACCAACAUCAUCACCAUCUUCCUCGUAAUGCAAUCAGUAGUUUGUAGAAUAUAUGCCAUACUGUAUCAAUGUUUCUAUUCCUGGUGAAUAUUCUGACUUUGAAAAUGCCAAUGUGAAGCCACUCUGUACUAGUGCUCAUGUAGCUGUAGCUAGCAGUACAGUUACAGUAGUUGGGCUGUAGUUAGCAGUACAGUUACAGUAGUUGGGCUGUAGUUAGCAGUACAGUUACAGUAGUUGGGCUGUAGUUAGCAGUACAGUUACAGUAGUUGGGCUGUAGCUAACAGUACAGUUACAGUAGUUGGGCUGUAGUUAGCAGUACAGUUACAGUAGUUGGGCUGUAGCUAGCAGUACAGUUACAGUAGUUGGGCUGUAGCUAGCAGUACAGUUACAGUAGUUGGGCUGUA